AUGGGGACGGGGUGCAUCUUCGAGUACGACGCCGAGCACCCGCGGGAGGAGGCCUACACGGGCCGGGGGUUCACGGAGGAGAGCCCGCCGAAUUUUUGGGGCUCCUCGUAUUCCACCGUGAAGGGUUUCACGGACCUCCUCAUGAAUCAGUUCGAUUCUGGUAUCUGCAAGUACGAGAAGGUCUGCUCCGUGCCGAACUCGAUGACCGUGCUCGACGAGAUGGUGCCGGUUUUGGUGACCAUGGCCCUGGCCAAGGAGUCGGGGACGUUCAAUCUGACCAACCCAGGCGUCAUAUCGCACAACGAGAUCCUUGAGAUGUACAAGGAGAUCGUGGAUCCAAAUUUCACAUGGAAAAACUUCUCGGUCGAGGAGCAGGCCAAGAUUCUGGCGUCCGCGCGCUCGAACAACAGGCUCGAGACCAGCAAGCUCACCUCGAAGUACCCCGUCUCAGACAUCAAGACGUCUGUGGCCAGCGCGCUGAAAAAGAUGAAGCCGCUGUAG